AUGACGAACGUUGAGCUCUAUAACAGCCUACUGAUGGUCACCAUUAAAAUCGAGAGGAAGAGGAAGCUCGCCUGCCCUGUGGUUUCACGAGAGACACUGCCACUUACAGAGCAGAGUCUGGGGAACUCAGCCUGUUUUGUGUCACUGUAUUUGGAGAUUCUAUGUCAGUCUUUGGGCUCCUUCAGCAGUAUCGUCCCACAAGAAAACAGAAAUCAGAUUUAUUUCUUGGAUCAAGGAAAGGACAUUGUGUUAGAAGGACCAGACAAUCCUGGGAAUGGCCCAUUAGCCUGGGAGUGGAAAGCACACUCAGGGCAGCACACCCACCAAUUGGGGACUUUCAUCAGAGGCAACUCAGGCAGUUGGAGUAGAUAUUGGAACAAUGACUGGAGAAGCGAUUACUUCCGCCAGCAACUGCAAUUGAAUUAUAAUACUGGUAAUCUGAGAAUUAGAAGACCCAACUUUAAAUUCGCGGGAUUGUUCACUUUGACUCAAACACAGCCGACAAAACAAAUCCUGAGACAAUUUGAAAUAUUUGGAAUCAAAGUUGAGACGAGUCCACAGCAGCCUCUGUUGGGCAGUGACGUCACCCUCAGCUGUACCAUCUCCAGACUCCCAGAUACCGUCAGUCUCCACUGGAAACCAGUGGGCUCAUCCCAGCAGAACAGGAGAAACACUGAUCAGAUCUGGCUGAAUAACACCGUCUAUCUGAUGGUCCGACCCGUUACAGUGGAGAAUGAGAAGUUGUAUCAGUGUGAAGUGCAGGAAAACGGAAACAUUGUUUUCACAAGCAAAGCAGGUUUUACUGUACACACAGAUUUAUAUCAGAGGCGUUACACCCUUUAUCGUCCCAGCACAGAGUACAGUGAACUCCACCUGGUUUGCUAUUUUUAUGCUGUGUACCCUCGUGGUGUGUGGACCUGGUUAUUGCAUCAACCACGGGGCUAUCAGAAACAAAUAGCAUCUGCAAAGUAUUAUGAGCCCGUCAACGUCAGUAGCACCGACUUUGGGAAUCGACUGGGGACCUCGGUGAAACUAUUCUAUGGCAAGAAUUUCAACGUGAGGAUUGUCCCGGUUUUGUUUGGAGAUGCUGGAAUUUACACAUGCUCUCUGGGAUCAAAUACAUUUCUGACCAUUGAGCUAAUCACAGUGAAAGUCACAGCUGAACCGUCUGAUACAGUGACUGAGGGAGACACCGUUACCCUGAGCUGCUCUGUGUCUGGCGUCACUGCAUCAACCAGACUGGUUUGGAUCAACGGAGACGGUGAAACUGCUGGAGACAAAACACUGACUGGGGAAGAGAAAUCACUGAGUCUGAUCGUACAGAAAGCUGAGAGAGACAGAGGGAAAUGGACAUGUGGUGUGUUUGAUCAAGACAGGCUCCGGAUUAUCGUCCCGUAUUAUCAAGAGCGCAGUGGCAAUCACAGAAGAUACCUGUAUAUGGACACCAUCCCAACAUUAUAUUUUGAACUUGAAGGAACAGUGAUCAGCAGAUCAUGUUUUUGGACCCAUUCUACUCAUUAACCAACUUACCUUUGACCCCAAAUAUUCCCCACUGUCUCAAGAUAUUCCCACCAGACUGUGUCUGAUUCCAUGUGAACAGUCCUGCAAGUUCAAAGGUGGGCUCCCUGAUUUUCAGAUUAAGGGUACCCCAGUCCACAUAUAACCUCUGGGAAAUGUCUGGUAUUUUACUGAACUCAUCACUCCAUUGUACGACCCACCACUGAUCUUCUCUGUGAAAAGUGGCCAAUCGCUUUGUGGUUUGUUGCCCUGUGUAUGGCCUCCAUUCCAAAUCAAUGGAGUUACUUUCGGGAUUGUCUGGUCCCUUCAAUACGAAGUUCCCUUCCUGAUGGAAAAAGUAAAUAGAAUUCCCGAUUCCUGCAAAUGGAAAGGAAAAUAUAAUCAGACAACAGCUUCUCAAUGUGAUCAUUAUCAUGAGGAUCAUUUUGGAGAACUCAUUUCCAGAAAGCUGUGAGUUCUGAUUCCAUUCAUAAUUUCUGAUUAAAAUUGUUUGGGGUUUCUCAAACAUCCUUUCAGCCCCUGUCACGAUGUGCGAUGGCAAUAUCGGAAACCAGGUGCUGAGGAAUGACAGACUCUGAUGUAGAAAUGGCGAUCAGCGUUUAUUCCUAAUAAUUCAAAUAGGUUGGUGGCUCAGCCAAGUGACACUGCAAGAAGAAACAUUCUCAAAACUAGACCCAGUGAUGAGCCUGAGAGGAGGAGAGGGGUGGACCACC